CACAAACGAGCCGAGGGCCGGCGACCAAUCGGGAGAAGCGUUGCUUUGUCCGCCGAGCUGCUGGUCUCCUGGCCUGGGAGCCGGCCGCGGAGGACCCCGGACGAAGCGCGUGGGCGCCGGGAGGGCCCCGGACCUACUCGGCCGGGGAAGGCCGCUGAAGCGCGGGCCUCGCAGGGAGGCCGGCGGGGGGCGGCCGCCGUCCGCCUUGGCCUCGGCCUUGGCCUGAACCUCGCCCCCCACCCCCUCAAAACCUCCCCCCCGCCGCGGGCCCGGCGGCCGCGCAUGCGCUCGACGCUCCAUGGAGUCCGGGGGUCCGGCGGCGGAUCCCGAGUCUGGGGAGCACUUUCUCUACUUCGCCUACGGCAGCAACUUGCUGAAGGAGCGGCUGCAGCUGAAGAACCCCUCGGCCGAGUUCUUCUGCGUGGCCAAACUGCAGGGUUUCAAAGUUGACUUUGGAAAUUAUAAGGGUGUAACAAGUACCUCUUGGCACGGAGGUGUAGCUACUAUUGUUGAGAGCCGUGGAGAUGAAGUUUGGGGAGUCGUGUGGAAAAUGCACGUGAAAAAUAUAAGUUCUCUGGAUAAACAAGAAGGAGUUGAAACUGGAACAUAUAUUCCAAUACAAAUUGACGUUUACAGUCAAGAAGGGAAAGCGCUGAACUGCCGAUGUUACCAGAUGAAAGAUUAUGUCCCUGCAGCCCCCUCACCGCAGUAUAAAAAGGUCAUCUGCAAGGGCGCCAGGCAGAAUGGCCUGCCUUCGGAAUAUCAGAGGAAGCUAGAAGAGAUCGAAACAAAUCACUACAAAGGCCCGGUACAAGUCAUUCAAGAAAUCGAAGCCGCCACCAGUGAACCGUUAUAGCAGACAUCCAUCAUGAUUUUGGAACGUGUAUCUAACCCAACUGUUUGCCUCAUAGUUUAUUUUCAUUAUUGUCCCUCUUUGCCACCUUUGCAUUUUUUAUAUUGGAUAAGAUCAAUCCCAGAUUGUCCACGGUAACUUAUUCAGGAGACAUCACUGCAUUAAUAUAUUUAUAACCGUUUUCUGAAAUGCUGCUGCCUAUUGGUAGUUUCUCUUGCUUCUAGGGGAUUUCUUUGGGGAUUGGGCUCAAGGCUAGGCCUUGAGGCAGUGUGAGAUGGUACCCAGUGAAAUCUUGCUUUGGAUGGAAGCCAUGACUAGGUGUGGUCUGACAAGCAGGGGACACAGAGCACAGGAGCUAGCUGCUCUACUUUGUUUAGUCAGGGUGGGGAAACUGGAGAUUGCUUUAGCUAGAUGGACAUUUCGGUAAGAAAGUGAAUGUGAAUGCUCCGUUAGAGGGUACUUGGAUCUUGUACUACCACAGGGAUUCUGCUCUUACACGGGACAGGAAGAAGUAAAAGCUCUUAUCUGAA